UCGGCCUGGUCGCCACACAUUCUAAACGCUUUAAGAAAACUCGCUUUCAAUAUACACGUUAGAAUACUCUCCUUGUUCCUUAGCUAGCAUCCUUAAAAUGUCAUAUAGAGUGUUUAAACAUAAAGUUAAGACUUAAAACAUAUGUUAUCUCUCCAUUUUCAAUGUUUGUUUACGUUUUGUGCCACGGAGAGUCAAAAAUAGAUUCUUUUAAUAGAUCAACGUUGAUCCCGGUGCGAUCAAGAAACAAUUUUUGAUGGAUGAGUGACAACGAAAACGAUAUAGUUAUAACAAUAAAAGUUCCCGAACGAAAAGAAUCUGUACAUCAAAUACUUCCACCGAUUAAAAAUAAACGUGACGAUAUGGAAGACGCGCAACUGCAGACAAUGAAUAUUAGAAAAAGGAGAAAUAUUUCAAAAAAUCGAGGCCAGGUCACAAGAAAUCGUGAAAAAACCCCUGAACCGGGCAGAUCUAAUAUUCCACAUGAAGAUACUACAUCUGAAGAUGAAGACUUUGAGCCACAACGUUCGUCACGAGAAAUUGAAGCUGAUAAUACAUAUGAAGAAAUGAAACGUUUAGUUCAAGAACAAGCUAAUGCUAAGGACCCUGUGUAUGACUUAGAUACAGAUGAAAUCCUAGAAGCUAGAGCACAAGCAGCUACUGAAAGAAGACGCAGAAGUAUUUCACCUUUUGCUUUACCCGAUAAAGAAGAAAUGUGCAAUCUGGAACGAAAAGGAAGUUUUAUUGAUCCUGAAAAUAAAUUGCUAAGCACAAACUAUUGCUUAAAUCUUAAAGAUGGAGGGCUCAAUCGAAGAGGUUCCCUCACAAUGGAACCUUCAGAUAAAAAUGAGUCUAGGAACUCUUUAUCUCCUCCAGUUUCUCCAACAAAGAAAGAACCACCUCAAACUUUACCUGCACCUGCAAAAAAAUUAGAAGAAAUAGUAUAUCCAGAUGAAAAUAGUAAAGAAACAAUAGAAAAACCGAAACAAGCUAAAAUUGUUAAGAAAGAGGAACCCAUCAUCACAGAAAAAGAGGCAAAACCAGUGUAUAAAUCAGAACCUCAACCUGCACCCGGAGAGCUUGUAACUAAAGUAAUACAAGUUGAACGAACGCCAAGUAGAAAACUGACUCAAGAUCAAAAACCUGUAGUGGAAAUAAGAGAAAGAAUUGUGAGAACUCCAAGUAAAAAAUCUGAUACAAAGCCAGUGGUCAAACAAGGGGUUUCUAAAUCGUCGGCUGAAACACAAACUAAAGUGCCACCCGUUAAACCAGCUAGAAGUAAAUCAUCGUCGAGAGUCGUGAGUAAAACUAGCGAAAGUGAAAUGAGUGAAGAUCAAAUAUAUCAACAAGAUGGAACUAGGCGUAAGGUUGCAGCAACACCACGAAGAUUUAUGAAAAAUAAAUCACCAAGAGAAAAUCGAUCUCAUUCAGUUCAUAGGGUUGAUAAUACAAGGGUUGAGAAAACAGGAACGGGAAUGAGUGAAACUAGUCGUGAAAUCAUAGAAUUAUUACAAAAGGCUAGAGCUCGGAGUUUAUCUAUUUCCAAAGAUGAUCCACGACUACCAUCUGAGUAUAGGCAAUACAGUAGAACUUUGAAAACUCCUAAUAAAACCCCCGUUAAUUUGCGUCACACGAGGGGCAUAUCAUGUCCAAAAACUAUACAGAUUAUCAGCGAUAAAGAAAUUUUAUCUGGUUUGACCAAAUCAAAAACAAUUGGAGACCAUGAAAAGCAUAGCAGGCAUAGCUCAGGGUACGUCGAUGCAAGUCAAUCUGAGUAUACAUCUAGCUGUUAUUCUUCUUCACCAAGUGAAAAUGAAUACGAAUUUGAUUUACUUGAAAGAUCGGCUGAACUAACCCGUAAACUGAAUCAAUUAAGCAAAAGAGAAAUUAGAAACGAGAAUGAUAAAACUUUGCUAGCAGAAUUUUACCAAAAAUCUGAUAUUGAACCAAAGUCUGUGCUUAGAAAACGAUCAAUUGCAGAUAGAAAUUUAGAAAAAGAAAGCGAAACAAAAAUUCCGGAUAAAAAAGCAGAGAAAGAAAAGGUUAUGAAAGACAAAAGUAUAACACGAUCACGCUGGAAGUUUAUCGCAAACUAUCAAGAAUUUAAACAAGAACAUAAAGCAGAAUAUGAGAAGAUAACGUCACUAAGAAAUAGAUGUAUUUGCGAUUUAUUUCUGCUAAUCAUAAUGUGUGGGUUAGGUGGAAUGAUGUUCAAAACUUUAGAAGGAUCAUUUGAAAAUGCUUAUAAGUGUAGCACAAGAAAUGUGAAACGAGAUUUUAUUGAAAGUCUUUGGCGUGGAAGUCAUUAUCUCAGAGAGGAGGAUUGGAAGUCUCUAGCUAGGAAAAAACUGUACGAAUUUGAGGACCAAUUGCACACAGCACAUGAGGCUGGUGUCACAUCUUACAGUGGCCAAAGAUCUUGGAAUUUCAUGAAUUCGUUUGUCUAUUGCAUGACAUUGGUGACGACUAUUGGUUACGGCCAUAUAGCUCCUAAAACAACAUACGGUCGGGUGGCCACGAUAGUUUACGCUAUCAUCGGCAUACCACUUUUCCUUAUUGUGUUAGCAGACUUCGGCAAGCUAUUCACCCGGAUCAUCAAGUUCUUCUGGGCAUUCAUUCGUCGGUUCUACUACACACGAAGUUGCAGGAGUGUCAGACGAACAGUACCUGUACAGGGAGUAAUGAAAGGUCUGAACACAUUCUACGACGUAGUACGACGCCCAUCCCAAAUAUUCACAGAGGAGGAUAUAGAGGGAGCACCAAUGCCUGAUGGGGACAAACCCCCACCAAUGGGGAGAAAACCGAGCGAUGUACCACCACCACUGCCUCCUAAGCCCGGCACACUUCCAAGAGACUUCGAGAAUGAAACCGAACCGGAAACUCCGGCGCCAUCAGUCUUCGAAAUAGACGACGAGUUCAAUCUACCGAUAUCAGUUGCUAUAUUUAUAUUAGUCGUAUACAUAAUAAUCGGUGCAGUGGGCUACAACUUCUGGGAGACCUGGGACUUCUUUGAAUCCUUCUACUUCGUCUUCAUAUCAAUGUCCACCAUUGGUUUAGGAGACAUGGUCCCUGAUCACCCAAUGUUUAUGAUGGCGUCAAUAUUGUACCUCGUUUUUGGCUUAGCUCUAACGUCUAUGUGCAUUAAUGUCGUACAAGUUAAACUGUCGGAUACAUUCAAGCAAGCUAGUGCUAAACUUGGCGCUACCAUCGGGCUGAAGGUGGCUGAGGAAGAUGGCAGCUUAGUUCCAAUGACACCACCUCCUAUAGAAGUUCCCGCAGUCCAUAAACCUAAAGCUGAGGUAGAGGAGAGUAAAAGCAAAGAGAUCUUAGAAGACGAUGACAAAACUAGAUAAAUAAAUAAACCAGUUAAAAUAACUGUCGGUUGUGUAA